GAGAGAGAGAGUGCGCUUCAAGUGCAGCUUUCUGGGUUGGCAGCAGAGCGCGCGAAUAGAACGUGGCACGCGGAAUAUUGGCCAAAAUUACCGCGAACUCAAACAUCAGGAGACGCUCAGAGGGAAGCGAACGAGAACGGUCGACAACGCCUAUUUCUCUGAAAAGCUCAAUUUAUUCGGGUAGGAGCAGCCAUGCCAUUUGGCUGUUUGACUCUGGGAGAGAAGAAGGACUACAACAGUCCUUCAGAGGUCACUGAUAAGUAUGACCUGGGACAGGUAGUGAAAUCGGAGGAGUUUUGUGAAAUCUUCAGGGCGAAGGACAAGAACACACUGAAAAUGUACACCUGUAAAAAGUUCCUGAAGAAAGAUGGAAGAAAAGUACGAAAAGCAGCCAAAAAUGAGAUCCUCAUCUUGAAAAUGGUGAAGCAUCAUAACAUCCUCCAGCUGGUAGAUGUCUUUGAGACGAGAAAAGAGUACUUCCUCUUUCUGGAGCUGGCCACAGGAAGGGAGGUGUUCGAUUGGAUCUUAGACCAGGGCUACUACUCAGAGCGUGACACCAGCAAUGUGAUCCGGCAGGUGCUUGAGGCUGUGGCUUACCUGCACUCUCUUCACAUCGUUCACAGAAACCUAAAGCUGGAAAAUCUGGUCUACUACAACCGCCUGAAGAACUCUAAAAUUGUAAUCAGCGAUUUUCACCUGGCCAAACUAGAAAAUGGACUUAUCAAAGAGCCAUGUGGCACACCAGAGUACCUUGCUCCGGAGGUGGUUGGCAGACAGAGAUAUGGCAGACCAGUGGACUGCUGGGCCAUCGGGGUGAUCAUGUACAUCUUACUGUCAGGAAACCCACCUUUUUAUGACGAGACAGAAGAUGACGAUUAUGACAAUCAUGAUAAGAACCUGUUCCGGAAAAUUCUGUCAGGAGACUAUGAGUUUGACUCACCCUACUGGGAUGACAUCUCAGAUUCAGCAAAAAGCCUGGUUGCAUGUUUAAUGGAGGUAGAUCAGGACCAAAGACUCACCGCACAGGAAGCAAUCAAUCAUGAGUGGAUAUCUGGAAAUGCAGCCUCAGACAAGAACAUCAAAGAUGGUGUUUGUGCUCAGAUUGAGAAAAACUUUGCUAAAGCUAAAUGGAAGAAAGCUGUUCGUGUGACUACCAUGAUGAAGAGACUCAGAGCUCCAGAUCAGAGUGACUCUGGAGCUUCUAGCCCUGCAAUGGGAGCCUCAGGAGGACCUGUUACCCCCAGCACCACCCCUGUUCCCCUGGCUACUACACCAGUGCCUCCCCGCACCACCCUGGAUCACCCCGAGGCCCAGACGCAGGAGGCCUUGGCUCCAACACGGUGUAAUGGAGAGAUACUGACAUCCCAGCAGCGCAGUGGGGAGAAUAGGGAGGAAUAGAACGGCUGAUUACAUUCAGGCAAAUAUAGCGACAAAUAAAGCAGCACCUACACACUACAUAUAAAUUCAUAUUGAAAUCUAAUGGUGGAGAAAAGUUCAAUUGUGCUUAAAAGCUUGAUCGCCAUUUUCAUUUGUGCAAAAUGCUGUAACCUAGGAAGACUUUAAAAUGUAAAUCCCAGUCCCCAUAGUAGUCUUAUCUGUAUUUUCUUAAAUAGCUUUAUCAAAGAAAUUUUAUUUGUUACUUCUGAAGUUAUACUCCGAAAUUUACUUUCCAUGGUUAAUUAAAAACUGCCAUCUUUUUAAGGUUAUUUUACAAAAUAAGAUCCAUUACCCAGAUGAAGCUUAUUUAUGUAGUUCUUAGAUUUACUUUAAAGCAUUUCAUUAAAAAUAUAUGUGGUUAUAUUUAUAACAUGCUUAAUAUUUGCAAAUGAACAAAGGAACAUUAAAACAUUAACAAAAUAAACAUAAAAAAAAUACAGCCUCAAAAGAGGAAUUUUAAACCAUUAAAUUAUGACAAUGAACAAUCACAAACAAAAGAACAGAUAACACAGCUUGGUUGGACUGAAUGAUUAAAAUUCAUAUCAGUAUCAGUGUCAUAAUAUCGGCUAACCAGCAACUAAAACUGCUGCUGUACUUCAUUGAUGUACAAGUCAUUGUUUUUGUCAAUAUAUCAUCAUAUCAAUAUAAUAUUACUCAGUGUUUUUGUACUGCUGAAUCAUGUUUCUUUUUCUUUUGCUGUACAAUCUAACAAGAAAUUAUGUAGCUCUUUUUAUUCAAUCAGCCCUUAUAUCCAUAUUCUAAAGAGCACUGCAUUUUAUAUAGAAUACAUCUGGUUUCGUUGAGUCUAAAGGUUUCCAAACGUUCUGUUAAUGUGCAGUACAAACAAAGCAAUAUGAAUAUUGCUGUAAUACUGUGAAACUGCUAUACAGGUGAUAAAAUGUUCCUGCCAUACUUCAUACAGGUAGCCAAGCAAUUUGCUCUCGAUGGUUGUUUGUGUAAUCGGUCUUAUAGCUGUAUAUUAUGUUCAGUUAUUGUAUUCUGCCUAAAACCCAGACCUUAUUUUUACUGUCCAUGCGGCGAGAGAGGAACGGAAAUGUCCUUCAACUGCAAAUCCUGCUGUAGCUCAUGUCCAUUACGGCAGUUAUUUGUUGUUUAUUGUUUGUUUUUAUUGAUUGUCUUUGGCAUGGUCACGUGUUUAUUUUUAAGCAUUUGCUAAUUAUACUCCCCACUGUAUAUAGUUUCACUGAGUUUUAUCUGGUAGUACUAUCUCAGUAAUGUAAAAGGAACUAUACAGACGUACAUUUUGACCUCUGUGUGCAUUAGUCUGACCUUACCUUAAAACUAUAAUUUUCUCCCGUUUAGGCUCUGUAAACACUGAAAUAUAUUUUCUGAGAAAAGUUUUCAUAGAAGGCAGAGCAGAAAAUCAAGUAACUGUGCAAAUUCCGAGUAAAAUGUGUGAUUCAUCAUUUUCAUGUAUCAGCUCAGCCUAAUGUGUUUGUCACUGUUUGUGGCUUCUGUAUUUUGUUAUUCGAUAUGCAGAAUAAAUGUUUUUGGACAGUGUA